AAAUUUUCUCCGGCCGGUGGGUGUUCGAGAUCAGAUCAUCAGCUUCUCUGGUCUCCGAUCUCACUUUCUCAGUGCUUGAGGAUUUGCAAAGAGUAUCCAGCUGAGGUUUUCAACAAUGGUUUUACUACAGUUGGAUCCGUUUCUAAAUGAACUCACGAGCAUGUUUGAGAAAAGCAAAGAGAAGGGUUCUGUCUGGGUCACUUUGAAAAGAUCAUCUUUGAAGUCGAAGCUGCAAAAGAGGAAACUGAGCGCAGCUGGUGAAUCCAUAGAGUACAGAUGCCUUAUUCGAGCUACUGAUGCUAAGAGAACAAUUUCUACUUCGGUUGGGGCUAAGGAUCAUCUGAGAUUUCAAGCAUCAUAUGCCACCAUUCUUAAAGCUCACAUGACUGCUUUGAAGAAGAGGGAGAGGAAAGACCGGAAGAAAUCAACAGAAGCAGACAAGAAAGAAAGCACUUCAACCACCACUAAACCCAAGAAACUUUGAUUUUCUCUUUUUUUUAUUUUUUGUAUUCUCAUUUGAUCUGCAAUUGUUGCUUAUUAAUUGAAUUUUGAUAGAUAUUGACAUUCAAGAACAGGAUCAUUUAUUGAAAAAACUGAAGAUAAACCUAACAAAAACCUCAAUUGUGAUUGUGAAUCUCUUCAAGUAACAUAUAGUAAACAAAAGCGGAACAGACAAGGGUUUAAUCGAACUGUUCAUCAGUCUUUGAGUCGACAUAAGCCUUGAGCACUUGCUUGUACUUGUCGGGACUGUCAUACCAGGUCGGCGUGUUAAUAAUCGCCUUUUCUAGCCAGUACUCAUCAUACUCUCUCGGC